AAAUUGUAACAAACACUGCCCACACAUAUGUCGAAAAUUCCGGAUAAGGAUUAGUCAAAACGGAUCAAAUGGUUAAAUUGCUGCCACCAACAGCUGCAUUUUAAAAUGGCUGGCGCUUAAAAUAAAUUCCGAAUCAAAGCUAACGGACAAGACGCAUGUUGGAAAGCUAAGAUAGCUCGUGAAUUUAUGGAAUUUAUAGCUGAAUACCAAGAGCCAGCUGCAGGUAGCUAAAUAAUUAGCGCGCAUUUAUAGCGGCAAUAAACUGCAUUUACCAGCGAAUUAUUGUGCCCAACAGCUGUCUGCCUGGACAAACAUAGAUCUCUCGUAUAUAUAUAUAUGGGCAUAUAUGUACUAAACAGUUGACGAUAACAAAACACAAGGCUCUCCCAAAUGGAAAUAUAUAGAAUUUUGCAUACGCUUAAAUGGCAAUUGCGCCUGCGUCUGCUAGUCAUUCCACUUUUAACCAUGGCUGCGUGUGGUGCUAAUACUGAAAGCGUUUCGGACAACACUUGCGGCGCAGUGGGUGCGGGAAAAGAUCAGGCACGUUACGAUCACUACCGCAUUUACAAUGUCCAGUUUGAUAACGAGGAGCAGAUCAAACUGUUCCAGCAACUGGAGAAGGAGAGCGACAGCCUCACCUUUAUUGGCCACGCACGCGAAAUUGGCCAAAAGCUAUCCAUAUUGGUCGCUGCUCAUCGCGUAGCAGACUUUGCGGAUCUGCUGGAUACCUACAAGCUGCAGCAUCGUGUUUUGACGUAUAAUUUCCAGGAAAAAAUUGAUCGCAAUAUGCGUGAAGUUUUGCCGGAGCAUAUCGAUGCAUCCAAGUACGACUGGCAGCAUUUCUUUCACCUGAAGACCAUUUACGAUUGGAUGGAUCGUAUGGCUGCCAAAUAUCCGGAUCAGCUGAGCGUGCUGAACCUGGGCAGCAGCACGCAGGGAAACGACAUUAAGGGCGUCAAAGUGGGCAAUAAUCCAGCUAAUAAAGCUAUUUUCAUUGAGAGUGGUAUUCAUGCACGCGAGUGGAUCGCUCCAGCGACAGCGACUUAUAUAAUCAAUGAGCUAUUGAACUCGACGGAUGAUCGUGUCCAGAAGCUGGCCAAGAACUACAAUUGGUUUGUGUUUCCAUGCGUUAAUCCUGACGGCUACAAAUACACAUUUGAGCACGAUCGCAUGUGGCGCAAGAAUCGCCAGUUGUUUGGCACCUGUCGUGGCGUGGACUUGAAUAGAAACUAUCCCGAUCAUUGGAACUCGACCGGUUCUAGCAGCGAUCCCACGCGUUAUGAUUUUGCUGGGCCCAGCGCCGCAAGCGAACUGGAGACGCAGCGACUGAUUGAGUUCAUACGCGGAAAUGUGGAGAAGGAACAAAUCAAGACUUACAUUGCCCUACACUCGUACUCACAGAUGCUCAUGUUUCCCUAUGGCUACACCAAGGAGCACGUAUCCAAUUACGACGAUCUGCAGGAAUUUGGAAAGAAGGCAUCGGCGGCCAUCAAGGCUGAAAGUGGGCGGGACUACGUUAGCGGCAAUCUGUACGAGACUAUCUACCCCUCAAGCGGCGGCAGCAUGGACUGGGCUCAUGCCGAGGCCGGUAUACCAAUAGCAUACACGUUUGAGCUGCGCGGGCCACCCGACAGCCAAGACCUAUUCAUUCUACCAGCUGUGGAGAUACAGCCGACGGCCAGUGAAGCCUUUACAGCGAUUCGAACUAUUGUCGAGGCCGCAGCCGAAAAGGGUUACUACAAAUGAAUUUUCUCCACUUGAUAAUGAUCUUAAACUGAUAAUAUUCUUAAAGAACUUGACGUAUAACGAUGUAGAAUACUAAGUACAUUUUGUUUUGACAAGCGAUAUAAUCUAAAAUAAACUCAAAUGUUUUACUGUUUUCUGACUUUACAGAACUGAAAGAUAAAAAAUUCGUUUUGCUUGCACAUCUACAUGUGUAUAUAUGUUUAUAUUAGAUAUCCACACCAUGUGGCUUUUGCUGUUGAUUCGUUAAAGAUACGUGCCUAUAGCCAUAAGUAUGUAUUUAAGUAAAUAAAUAUGAAACAACAAAAAUAUUGAGAAGAAAUCAAACAUAAUUAUUUCAAAAAGUCCGAGCUAACGGUAACGCGGGUAUAUUCGUGUAUCCUUACAAGUUCACGGUAAUAAAUAAAUAUUUAUCGCUGUUAUCAAAUUUGGAAAAGCUCGAUUGUUUUGUAAAAUCGAAAUUGUUUCUUUGGUAUUUUUCUUAUAUUGUAAUUAGUGUAUUUUUCACGUUGACCGCUCGCGGUCACACUGUACACAUCCCUAUAGGUCUCGGCAGAAACAUAUAGAUUUUUUUUAUUAAACACUCACUCAAUUAAACAACAAAAAGACGCCGAAGUAGUUACGUUUUUUAUUGCUGUAACGUAGAAUAAGACGCAUCUCUUUGUUUGCAACGUGUACGUGUAGGGUAAGCCCGAGCAAGCCAAAAGUGAAAGUCCCAGAAAAAGUACAAAAAGAGAGAUAGAGUGACAGAGAGUGAGAGAGAAAGAGAGAGCGAGAACGGUGAAAAGAGUCAGAGUCUGGGUGAGAGAAAAACGAUUUUUUCAGAGAACAACGCGGAUUUUCGUAUUUGCUGUGGACAGGGGAACGUGUGUGAAUUGAGUAGAACCUGCCGAAAAUAAUUUGAAAGCAGAAGCAAAACCGAAACGAAACGAAACUAAACUAAACGCAACGCAACGGCGCCAAGCGAUAACAAAUCGAG